AUGGCCUAUCUGAAAAGUGCUAUCUCUGAAAAGACGGCCCUAAAGGGAGACGAAACUGUGGUGCUGACCAAGGAGUGCAGUGCCCUGGUGCAAAAGAAGCUGCCUCUGAAGAUGUCAGAUCCUAGGAGCUUCCUUAUUCCAUGCACUAUAGAAACCAUCACCUGUGAGAAGGCAUUAUGCGACCUUGGAUCAAGCAUCGAUAUUAUGACUCUCUCCGUGAUGAGGAAGUUGGGGAUCCAAGAGGUGCAGUCCACCAAGAUCUCACUGGAGAUGGUAGAUAAGUCCUUGAAACAGGCAUAUGGACUGGUGGAAAACAUCCUUGUAAAGGUUCAAGACCUUUACCUCCAUGCGGACUUCGUGAUACUAGACAUUGGAGAGGACAGGAAUGAUUUCAUCAUCCUUGGAAGGCCUUUCCUAGCUACCGCGAAGGCCUUGAUUGAUGUGUAA